AAGGUCAGGAAUGUCAGGGAAUCUGGACUAUCUGGAAAAAUAAAAAUAUGGAAAAAUUUGGUUUAUCUUGUGUAUGGUGGUGUGUUGUUCUAGUUGAAAUUGUGAAUUAUAUGAUUUCUAUAAUGAUGUGAAUUAUUGACUGAAAGUAAUUACUCGAAAUUAGCACGUAUUGAAUAGUGUAGCCACGAUGAAGAAAAAUUCGGUCAAUACUCGAUAUGAAAAACUGCCCUACGACGACUUCUAUAUACAUUGCAAGACGGAUAAAGACAAUACAGGACUAUGGUUAACGGCUAGCGAGGCAAGUAGUUUAACUUUCGAUGAAGUGUCAGAACGAUUACAAGUUGAUUAUCGCAAAGGAUUAAAUUGGCAAGAAGCCACAGAUAGGCGAAAAAUAUCUGGAUAUAAUGAAUUCUCAGUUAAAAAUGGCGACUCGAUAUGUAAGAAGUACUUAGAACAAUUCAAAAAUCCUCUCAUCUUACUGCUUCUCGCCUCCGCUGUAGUUUCUGCUGCUAUGAGCCAGUUCGACGAUGCAAUUAGUAUAACAGUCGCUAUAAUCAUAGUCGUAACUGUAGCCUUCAUCCAGGAGUAUAGAUCUGAACAGUCAUUACAGGAAUUGACUAAAUUGGUACCUCCAUCAUGUCAUUGUGUGAGAGAAGGCACGGCGGAUACUUUUCUAGCUCGGGAGCUUGUCCCUGGAGAUGUGGUGCUUUUAAAUGUUGGCGAUCGCGUCCCCGCCGAUAUCAGGCUUUUCGAGGCGUCCGAUCUGACAAUCGACGAGAGCUCCUUCACUGGAGAAACGGAACCCGCAAAGAAGAACACUGAUUCCGUAAUUAGGCCAAAUGGGGCACACUCAAGCAAUACGAAUAUAGUAUUCAUGGGAACCCUAGUGCGGAAUGGUGUCGGAAAGGGCAUUGUGGUCAGUACUGGUACAAAUAGUGAGUUUGGUUCAGUGUUCAAAAUGAUGCUGGAAGAAGAAGCCCCUAAAACGCCUCUACAAAAAUCAAUGGAUAGAUUAGGCACCCAACUGUCGAUAUAUUCCUUUGCCAUAAUAGGUUUUAUAAUGAUAAUAGGAUGGAUACAAGGAAAACUCAUAAUGGAGAUGUUUCAAAUUGGCGUUAGCUUGGCCGUUGCUGCCAUUCCAGAAGGUUUACCCAUUGUCGUUACUGUAACCCUGGCUCUAGGUGUUAUGCGCAUGGCAAAAAGAAAAGCAAUAGUGAAGAAACUACCAACCGUGGAAACUUUGGGCUGUGUCAAUGUGAUAUGUUCUGAUAAAACUGGAACAAUAACUAGAAACGAAAUGACUGCCACGGUGUUAGUGACUUCCGAUGGUUAUAUCGCUGAGAUUACUGGAGCUGGAUAUAAUGAUCAUGGUCAGAUUUUAUUACACACCAAGUAUGAUUUUCCUGAUAAGGCAAGGGAGAGUAUUCGACAACUAUUGGAGGUAGGUGCAGUAUGCAAUAACGCAGCCAUUAAAAAUGAAGCUCUGAUUGGUACACCAACAGAAGGUGCUUUACUAGCAGCUGCAAUGAAACAUGGAAUUGACAAUGCUGCCAAUCGUUACAUCCGCUUGAAAGAAUACCCUUUCAGCUCAGAACAUAAAAUGAUGGCUGUGAAGUGCUUAUCAAAAUACGAAGAUACUAAGGAGGAAAUAUUUUUUGUCAAAGGUGCUAUUGAAAAAGUACUCCCAAAAUGCACAAAAUAUGCUUGGAAUGGCAACGAUCUGCCAAUAACUGAAAACAAAAUCAAUGAUUUCAUUGCUGAAUCUCAUGAAAUUGCAAAGAAAGGACUUCGAGUUAUCAGUAUGGCUCAGGGAACUGGGCUGCAAGAUUUGACCUAUAUGGGUAUUGUUGGUAUCUGUGAUCCACCCAGACCUUUGGUUAGGGAGGCCAUUACAAUUUUGAAGGAUUCGGGCGUACAAGUCAAGAUGGUUACUGGAGAUGCUAUGGAAACAGCUGUAGCAAUCGCUCAGUCGAUUGGCCUGGAAACCCUACCGACACAAGUUUUCUCUGGCGCACAGCUCGAUUCCUUCUCUGAAACAGAGUUGGACGAAGCCACUCCCAGAGCGACUGUUUUCUACAGAGUGUCACCCAAGAACAAGUUGUCGAUAGUUAAGUCACUACAGAGAACUGGGCAUAUAGUGGGGAUGACAGGAGAUGGUGUUAACGAUGGCGUUGCCCUGAAGAAAGCUGAUAUUGGGAUUGCUAUGGGUAAAAAUGGGACGGACGUAUGCAAGGAGGCGGCCGAUAUGAUAUUGGUUGAUGACGAUUUUUACACAAUCAUUGCUGCAAUCGAAGAGGGUAAAAGCAUAUUCUACAACAUUAGGAAUUUCGUUAUAUUUCAGUUGUCAACUUCAAUAGCUGCUUUAGCACUAAUAGCAGCCACCACGAUUCUGGACAUUCCCAACCCAUUGAAUGCCAUGCAGAUAUUAUGGAUCAAUAUUAUAAUGGACGGACCACCAGCUCAAAGCUUGGGUGUUGAGCCUGUAGAAGCAGAUGUAGUUAAACAGAAAGCUAGGAACACUAAAGAACACAUGAUUACGAAAAGACUAAUAAUUAAUGUUUUACUUCCUGCUAUCUUUAUCAUUGCAGGCACAUUAUGGGUAUUCCAAAAAGAGUUGAGUUCUGAAGGCAUCACAUCAAGAGAUACAACAAUGACCUUCACGUGCUUCGUCUUUUUUGACAUGUGGAAUGCCCUUGCUUGCCGAUCCUCGACGAAAAGUGUUUUUACCAUUGGUUUCUUUUCAAACAAGAUGUUCUUAAUCGCAGUCGGAUUAUCUAUACUUGGACAGAUGCUCGUAGUAUAUGUAAAGCCAUUGCAAACCAUUUUUCAAACUGAAGCAUUAACACCAUGGGAUAUUUUAUUCCUAGUUGGGUUGACCUCAUCAGUUUGGAUAUUUUCAGAAAUAAGAAAGUGUAUAGAGAGAUAUAUAGAGAGGCGUAACAAGAGCACAAAAUCACCAUUAGAAUAUGUUUGACAGGAAAGGGGGCCAUGGGCGAAAACCCGCUGCAAAUAGCUCAUUCUUGCACCUUUCUCGUUUGGCCCCCUAGAAAUGUGUAAAGAAACCUAAAAAUUACUAUUCGCAUAUUUUGGCACAGUCUCUAACUAAAUCUUGCACCCUGAAUGAAUUAGAUGUUUCACGAAAAUUGUCGAAUCUACAGUUCGGCUUUUUGUCAAAUUGUUCACAUUUCCUAGGUGAUCAUAAAAAAUAUCAAAAUAUAUCAUAUGCUUUAUUUCUUAUGGAUGGCUAAAACUGCCAGACUUUAGGCUCUUGAUAUUGUAAUUCAUUUUAUAAUAGUCAGAUGUGAUUUAUGCUUCAAUUGGCAAUAUUCAGAUAUCAUUUGAUGAUAGAUAUGUUAAUUAAGUGAGUAUUAAUUUUGGAAUCAAAUCGAACUCAUGGGUGAAAAAUUAUAUAUACAUUUUUUGAAUGAGAUUAUGUAGUCUUGAUUUUCCUAUGUAUUUUUUAUUUGCACAUUUUGAUGGUAUACAUAUUCUAUUUACAUUAUGCAGCUAAUUAUUAAUGUAAUUUAUUUAUUUAUUUAAUGUGUAGGAUCAAAGAUUUUGUAUCAAUUUGUUUAGAAAUAAUUUUAUAUGCUAGUUGUUUCAUUAAGUGAGUUGAUGUAUUUCAAUAGGUUUUUGAAGUCAUUUUGUACUUGAAUCAGUAAAUAUUCUUGAUUAAAUCUGUAUAUAUCAGUAAGAACAAAUCUAGUCCUGUGAAUAAAGAAACGUUUAGGGCACUAACGGUAGAAAUCGCCGUGACAAACACUAUAUAUUUUUCAGUAGGUAAUUGUUAUUGUUAUUUGCGUAGCACGAUCAACUUUUUCAUUAAUUUCAGAUUAUCCACAAGAAUAUUAUGAAGGCUGUAUGAUUUCAUCUCACUAGCCUGCUGGUCGUAAUGAUUUUCGUUUAAAUGAUUAAUUCCAAACAGGUGUGCGUUAUGCAAAACGUUCCUUUCAAUACGAUUAUUUCUAUCUGUAGCGCCCUAAACUCUAGUUCAAUGUUUUCUGUUAUUCCAGUUCAUACAACUUAUUUAUAUUCAAUUCUUCAUUGAUUUCAAGUGAAUAGUAUUUCAAAUAAAUUCCCCUGAUUGCUAUCGUCUUAUCCAAUUUAUAUUUGGAAAGUUGGGAAAACGUGUUGAUAAUUCAAUUCCUUAUAAUUUUCAUUGCAGAUGAACACAAAACUAUCGGUUGAUGAUGCUUAUUGAGCUCUUCCUGAAAAGGUAGACAUAUGCAGAGGAAUGCACGAAAAACGGCCAGUACUGUAACUUCUGAAUCAUUUGAGAUC